AUGUUUCACAUAAUUAAGACUACCGAAGGGCUCAACGAAGGUAGGCAGGCUCUUCUUGAUAUGCUAAAGAAGGCUGAGAGGGAGAGGAAAAUGGAGCUUCAAGUGUUGUUGGAGCACAGAGCUGUAACAAAUUUUCCUCAUCGCAACCACAUUCAGUCAUUACUAAGAGGUUGGUUCUUGCGUAAUGGAAGUAUGGAUGAGAAUGAGAGGCCCCCUUCUGUUGCUGAAAGUGAAUUAGGCUUAUUGAGGCAAAGGCAUACAGUCUCCGGUCUAAGGGAAGAGUUCUCCAGACUGGAUAAUUCUGUUUAUGCUCAAGCAAGCAACAGUCUUUCUGAUACAUCUAACAAGGAUAAUAUUUCAAAUCGAAAUGGAGAACCUCAAGAAAAUAACUUAUAUGAAGUCAGAGAUGAUAUUUGCGAACAAUCAGAACUUAAUUAUGAAGCGAGUGAAGAUCAAGAACAUGACAGCCAUGGAAUAUUGGAUGGUCGAAGUGAGUUUGGAGGCAAUGCCGUUGAAGAUAUAGACUCACGGGAAUCAAAUGCUCAUAUUAUAGAAGGAUGGCUGGAACAAGUGCCAGAUAAUGUGGUAAGACAGUGGCAAUGGAGAAGAGUAUCUAAUCUACUUCACAGUGGCUUUCGCGAGAGUCUUGACCAGUUGAUACAAUCAUAUGUGGAAAGGAAAAGCCAUGCCGCUGUAGACUGGGAGCUGGAUGGUUCAUCACCAUCACCUGCAUCUAUCGAACAAGAUCUCGAUCAAGAAAUUCCAAAUCAGAGUGAGGUUCAAGAGGAUGCUGUUGUUAAAACACCUUCUGUUGCUCCACCCUCACACCCAAUUCCUCCUCCUCCCCCAAUGUGGGACCAGAGGCCACACCGUGAUACGUGGACACAACAUGACAUGCAUCAACGAUUUAGAAUUGAGUGGGAAAUCAUCAAUGACAUAAGGAUUGACAUGGCUAGACUACAACAGAGGAUGAAUAACUUGCAAAGAAUGAUGGAAACUUGCAUGGACAUGCAACUUGAGUUGCAGCGCUCAAUAAGGCAAGAAGUCUCUGCUGCCCUGAAUAGGCCAGCUUGUUCACAAGAGUUGUGUGAGGGUGAGGGUGAGGGUGGUUUGGCCGAGGAUGACACCAAGUGGGAUCAUGUUAGAAAAGGAAUGUGCUGUAUAUGUUCUAAUACCAAUAUUGACUCUUUACUGUAUAGGUUGGUAGAGAUCUCAUGCUUUUUUUUUUUUCUAUUUUGAUAAUUAUAUAGCUUGUUCUAAUCAAAGGCUAUAAUGGAUUUAAUUUUUAGUACCUGGAAAUGAUUGUCUUUGAAGAUACAGAUAUUUUGAUGAUGUCUUUUAGUUUUCUAUUUGUAUUUUCCAGAGUUUGUCUAGAUAUGUUGUUUAAAUUAUUUUCUAUUUUUUUCUUUCUUAUUUUGUUUUUGGUACUAAGAUGUGAUUAGUUUCCUCUGCUUAUAAGGUUUUUCUAAUGUUGUUCUACAUUUUUUUGGACCCAAGCAUGUGCUUUGUAGUAGGUUAGCUUAAAUAGGCUUCAUCUUCUUUUAUGAUUUUUUUUUGAAGAAAUCUUCAAUGUCAGUGAUAUGUGAAAUUAGAGUUGUUUUGUUUAAACGUGAUAUUAGACUUGUUUUACUAUUCUUGCAUGUCUUAUUGUUCAUUCUAUCCAAUAGGGUAGCUGGAUGCCUAAUUGCCGAACCAAUAGAGAAGGCAUUCAAAGUCAUCUCAAAUUCAGCAGUCAAUGAUGCUAUUAACACAAAAGAAAAAAUAACCAAACCAACCAUCCUCCAAUUUGGGGAUAUUAGUUUUCAGAGGGAGACAGUGAAAAGAUCUCAUUCUGCUAGUAAUACUAACCUGUUGGAUGGAGACCUUGGUAGCGCAGUUGUUUGCGAGGAGGUAGCAGUGCCGACUGUCUGUGGCAUUAGAGCAAUUUUGGUGUCUCCUGUCAACAGAAGAAAAUGAAUAGCCACUCAGUUGCUAGAUGAAGUGAGGUAAUUCUCUUAUGUUUAAGAUAUUCACUUUGGCAAGUGAUGACCAAUAUAUGAUUUUUUGUAAUUUUUAUUUGUACGAGUGCCAAAUCUUUGUUUGAGAGAGAGAGAGAGAGCGAUAGAGAGAGAAACUUUACUUUUGAUGUUCUUCAACUUGUGUCAUUUUGAUGUUCUGAAGUUUGCACUUACAUUAUCUUGUGUAUAGUUUUCCUUGUAUUGAAUUUCUUCUGCUAGAGCAACCUAAUGAGCAGCAGUUUCUAAAUGCUAAUACAGUACUUGUCUAAGAGUUUUUAGCUGUUGAAAUGCAGCUAUCACUCAAUACCAGUUGUGUUCUCUAAGGCAAAGGGAUCAUGUAUAUGGGAUCCUGAAGGCAAAUGGUAUCUAGACUUUCUCUCUACUUAUUCUGCAGUUAAUCAGGUAGAAAAU